AUGAAGUCUUUUGUAAAUCAAACUGUACAAAGAACAAUUGAUUUUGACGAUCGUGCAAUAGAUAAAACUAUAAAACAGAAAUGUGUCUCAAUUACGGGACACAAUGUAAAUAUUCAAGGUCAUCUAUCUAGCACUGUUAAAUUUUUAGGAUCUCGUGCAUCCUUUAACGGAGAAUUUUUAGUUAGUAAUAAUAUACCAUAUGAUUGUGUUCUAGGCUGGGACUUUAUCAGUCAAAAUAAUUUGUCUUUAUGCAAAGAUGUUAAUUUAGGUACCUAUAUUUUAGUUGGUAAACAUGGGGCUACCCCCAUCACUAACUCGCAAUCGUCUACGACGGCAGAUCGAGCGGGAGUAGUUGAGUCGAAUCCACAUAUUGUACCUGUGAAUUCGCAAGCCGGUCGUUUGUUGUGUCAAUCCCGCUUCCAAGGAAACACCGGUGUUUCUUUGGUGGAGAGUGUAAUGAUACCACCACGAACCGAAAUAAUUUUAGAGGGGAAAUUGGCCAAACGUGCCAAAAGCAGAAUAGGUAUGAUAGAGCCACGUUCUAGCAGCAGUAAUGCUGUUAGACAGGGGUUUAGUAUAGCGCGUGUUGUCGUAAAACCUGACAACAGAAUUGUGCCUUUGCGUGUUCUCAACGCGUCUAAUAGCCCGAUCGAAUUGACUGCUGGUGAGAAUUUAGCAGAUUUUUGUCCUUUGAUUGAAUCGUGCCUGUCUCAACCCAACAUUUGCGGCGCGGUUGGGAAUAGAAUAACCCCACAGGUUAUUUCAGAUAAAAUAGAGUCUAUUAUUGACCCAUCAUUACAAGGGGAAGAUAGGGGCAAGUUAAGAAAUUUGCUACUUGAGUUUUCAGAUGUUUUUGACGAAAGUUUAGGGCACACCAGCAUCUUGACACAUGAAAUUAACACAGGAAAUAGCACGCCAAUUAAGCAACAUCCUCGCCGCAUUCCUUUUGCCCACCGUGAAGAAUCUGAGCGACAGAUCAAUGAAAUGUUAGAGAAAGGCAUAAUUCGUGAGUCAACAAGUCCUUGGUCUAGUCCCAUCAUUUUAGUUAAGAAGAAAGAUGGCGAAAUGCGCUUUUGUGUGGACUAUAGAAAGCUAAACUCUGUCACUGUUGGCCAUGCGCACCCUUUGCCUCGCGUUGACGAUAUAUUAUAUUCAUUAGGAAACUCGCACUAUUUUUCCACAUUAGAUCUAAAAAGCGCCUACUGGCAAAUUUCUGUUGAGGAAAAAGACCGUCAUAAAACUGCUUUUGUCACUCAGCGCGGUUUGUUUGAAUUUAACCGAAUGCCUUUCGGCCUUGUUAACGCGCCAACUACGUUUCAAAGAGCCAUGGAUCUUGUGUUAAGUGGCCUUUCCUACGUAAUCUGCUUGUGCUAUUUAGAUGAUGUUAUUGUGUUUGGCCGUGAUUUUAAUGAACAUUAUAAUAGGCUGAAAACAGUUCUAGAGAGAUUGCGCUCACAUAAUCUUCGCGUGAAACUUGCGAAAUGUACAAUUGCAGCGCCACAAGUUGCAUUCCUAGGACACGUGGUUACGGAAUCUGGUAUCAUGCCAGACCCGGCGAAAAUUGAAGCUGUCAACAACAUUACUAGCCCACGCAAUAUCAAAGAUAUUCGCAGUUUUUUAGGCCUAGCUGGCUAUUACCGCAAAUUUAUUCCUGGGUUUUCUUCUAUUGCAAUGCCAUUACUACAGUUGACGCAAAAAGCGGCGCAAUUUAAUUGGACGGAUGCUUGCGAACAAGCGUUUCAGCGAUUAAAGCAUUUAUUAUGCUCUGCCCCCAUCCUCGCAUAUCCUGAUUUCAGUCAAGCAUUUAUUUUGCAAACAGAUGCGUCUGACUAUGGCGUUGGUGCAGUUUUGUCGCAACUUGACGAGUUAGGAAAUGAGAAAGUUAUUGCUUAUGCGUCCAAGGCUCUUUCACCUCGCGAGCAGAAAUACUCGACAACUGAAAAAGAAGCGUUUGCCGUAGUCUUUGGCACAGCCCAUUUUCGCGUAUAUUUGUUGGGUCGCCAUUUCAAAUUAAUUACUGACCAUAGUGCCUUACGCUGGCUACACACUAUGGAAGCUAAGGGUAGUUUAGCACGGUGGAUUAUGGAUUUACAGGAGUUUGAUUUUUCAGUCGCCCACCGUGCUGGCCGCAUUCAUAAUAAUGCAGAUGCGCUCUCUCGUCUUGUACAAGCUAAUUCAUCAGAUUCCACCACAAGCAUUAUAAAGGAUGCCUCGCAACCAGUAUUUGUCUCAACAAUACGUGUUAAAUUAUCUGGUGGACGCACAGCGAUUGUUAAGUUAGAAAGCAGUAAGGCACUUAUAGUUGAUACAGACGGCAGUUUAGUCAAUAUUUCUGGUCCGAAUAGACGCGCUGUUCCUCCCUCCCCCCAGGACUUAAAAGAGGUCAAUACAAUUACAUUAAACCCAACCAUGAAUCUUCGAGAUAGUCAACGCGCUGACUCACAUCUCGCAUCCAUAAUUGACAUGAAAACACGCAAAUCGCCUAAACCAAAGUUGACACAAAUUCAGGAUCCUGCACUUAAGAGUUGGCUUAGGCACUACGACCAAUAUUUCGUUCAUGAUGAAAUAUUAUAUAGAGCGCUUGGUAGCAGUAACAGCUCUCACCCACAACAUGUAAUAUUAAUACCUUCUGCUUUGCAAGCAAACAUUCUCAAAACACUGCAUGAUGGGCCACUAGGAGGUCAUUUAGGUAUCACUCGUACCGAGGAACGAGUGAGGAAACGAUUUUAUUGGCCUGGCAUUCGAAAGUCAGUAACCAAACAUAUUCAGUUGUGCAAAGUUUGCAAUCAAAAGAACUCCCCAAUUAACAGAAACACAGCUCCAUUAGGUCAUAUUUCAGUUAGCCAACCUUUUACUUUCUGGGCAAUGGAUUACAUGGGACCAUUGCCAGAAACAGGUCGUGGGAACAAACAUAUCCUAGUGGUUGUUGACCAUUUCACCAAAUGGUGUGAAGCAUUUGCAACUCCAGAUCAGAAAGCCAGCACGGUUGCGCCACUUUUAGUAAGCCGCAUUUUCUCUCGGUUUGGACCCCCAGCAGUCCUGCAUUCAGAUCAAGGCCGAAACUUUGAAAGCACACUACUACACGAAAUCUGCAACUUUAUGGGUAUUACGAAAACGCGCACCACAAGCUACCAUCCUCAGUGUGAUGGACAAACUGAGCGGCAAAACCGAACUAUUCAGGCUAUGCUUUCAGCUUUUGUUUCAAAUAGAAGAGAUGACUGGGACUUGUGGCUGGAUUCAGUUACAUUUGCUUACAAUACCAGCAGACAUGACGCAUUAGGCAUUUCACCAUAUGAGGUAGUUUUUGGUCAAUUACCUAGGCUGCCAGUUGAAUUGGAAUUAGGAAUGCCUCUAACAAAUCCUUCCACACAGAGUGAAUAUGUAGUUUCAGUAAGGUCAGCAUUUCAUGAUAUAAGACGCAUAGCAGAGGAACAUUUGUCAAAAGCAUCCGAAAAGCAGGCAAGGCUCAAUCAAUCGACAAACACUUGGCGGCCUUUCGACUCGGGUGAAACAGUCAUGUUGAAAAGACCAAAAGGCUGGAAGUUAGGAAAUAAAUGGGUUGGGCCUUACAGAAUUCUAAAACGGUUUGGGGUCGACUAUAGAAUAGUUUCUACGGGAGGGAAGGUCAUGGUCGUUCAUCACGACCAGUUAAAACGCAGUUAUAUCCCUUUUCAAGAGGGCGAACCGGUUUGCCCUAGUAGGGAAGUAGGUGAGUUCCAGGUGGUUGAUGUUACACCUCCACAUGUCGGUAUUGACGGUAUUCCUCGUGCUCGACCUGCCAGACUAAGACAACAUAUUAAUCCACCAUUGAGAUACGGAUUUGACUAG